AUGACGGAUUCAUCGCUAUCACCGUCAGUGAGGAUGCCCCCUAAUUAUGGCAACCUUCCUCGUGGAGGUGGAGGAGUACCUACGACUGGUGACCCUAGUGAAGCCAGUAGGCUCCUGGAUGGAUGCCAUCAGAUCAUGGUUGCUAUGUCUAGUCCUUCUAUAUUCGAAAACUCUAAGGAGAAGGCAUUUCAGACCUUUCGUAGAGGAUGUCUUGACUUGAAGAAGGAUGUCUCUGCUACUGAGGGGCUUGAAAGCGAUAAGAUAGAUGAUUGGAUGAUUGAGAAUUGUUGGUUAUUCCUAUUCGAACUUGCCAAAGCACGACUAAGGAGGAAGCAUGUUUUGGAGUGUAUGGAGAUACUAUGUACUAGUGAUAAAUGGAGGCAUAUGCUGGAUGAUAACGAAAGGAUACGCGCUAAAAUGGUAGACUUGGACGAAGCAUUCAUCCAAUCAAUAGUGACGGAAUUCCACGUGAAGCCCUUCCCAGCCAAAGCAGCGCCUGUUAAACCCAAACGGAAGAUAACAACAACAUCAUCAGCAACAAGUGCUCCUCCCCCUUUACAACGAGGCAGGAGUGCUAGUCUGGGUGCCCUAGAUAUAAGUGAGCCUAGUGGAGGUGAUUCCAGAGAUGAUAGUGUAAAGAGGAGCCCUAUACCAUCCAAUAUACAUGAUGAUGCUGAAUCCUCCCAUGGGUCAUGGUCAAUUGAGGAGGUAGAAGAAGGUGAUCUCAACAACAACAACAACAAUCAAGGGGAACCGGAGAGUAGUACGACCGAACCUCAUGCAUCACCACAAGAGGUGGAGAUGGAUCUUAGGACUAAUGGUGCACUCGUGGUGGAUCUUGAUCUUGCUAAUCGAGACAUUCUAUAUUCCAUAGUAGGGCUCUUAAAAGAGGCACCUACUAUAUAUCAAUUAUUACUAUACUCUGGUACAUACUUCUUUGGUCAUCAACCGGCAUAUAAAGAUCAAGUUAGGAGUAGGAGGAGGCGAUUGAAGUAUACUAUACUUACCGAGACUGAUCUAGUUCGUCAGCUAGUGCAGUCAUUGUCUACUUAUCUACAAUCUACUAAAUUGGUCAAUAAUGUAUUGGUUAUAGAUCUCACUGGAGUACCAUUGAAACCUGUAUCAUCAUCAUCAUCAAGAGCUUCUAAUACUACUAAUGCUGCCUUGGGCUUAUCAGGAGUACUACGAACAGCUGUAUGGAAGAGUAGUGGCCCUCUAGAAGAUCUUAUACAAGGACUUAAAUGCUGUAGAAGACUACAGAAGUUAUCCCUGGCUAAUUGUCAACUCACUGAUACAGGCUUACAGUUGCUUGCUCCCAUCGUGGGGAAGGAACUACCCCGACUCACUAGUCUAUGCCUUGCUAAGAACAGGUUGAUGAGACCAGCUAGGGCCCUAAGGACCAUAUUCAAUAUGCGUAGUGUACUAGUGGGUAAUAAGAAGUCUAUCCCACUAAGCUCACUGGAUCUAGGGAGGAACCCUCUUGGUUGUGGAGUAUCACCUGACUUUAAUAGGCUUGAAGCAGCAUUGGUUGUAUGUUGCGGCCUUGGGUCUGGGGAAGCCAUGCAGGCUGGAGGAGGUCUGCAGACCUUGGCAUUGAAUGGUUGCCGACUUGAAAGGAUUGAUGGUAUAAUUAGAGCCUUACAGGAAACGAUACAGCGAGGGGAAGAGAAGGAGAAUGUAAUAACCCCUCAUUGCCAGAAGUACUUCCCUGUAGUGAGAGAUGCUAUUAGUGACGGAGACUCUUAUGAUGGAGAUCGAGGAGAGGAGGCUACCCCUUCAGGAGUGUAUGCCAGGGAUCUCAAGUCAGACUUAAUCACACACCUUCAUACCAUAACUCAACUAAUCGAUACCAAGUAUCCACCUCGACGACAGGCAGGGCCAACAGUGAUUGCUAAGGUCAAUGCUGCACCACAUUCUGGCAUGCUCAUACCUUAUGACCCUAGUACUAGAGGCAUGCAGGAUAUCAUGAAUGCUAGUUGUGUAGAGGGGAGCUCUCACAUCGGCCAAGGAGCUGAGUAUCAUAGGAAGUUAGAAGCCGCGAUAAUGGCAAAAUCAGAGCAGCAUGGUCACGAUAAGACUUGUGAGAAGUUGACUAACCUUUUAAGGCAACUACAAGGGCUAAGCGAUAAAGUAGGGGAGGCGAGCGCGAUGAUCGAACAGAGGUGGAGGGGACGUAUAGCUUGGCAACGGCAGAAGAGGGUUGAUGCUGCUCUAGCAAAGGCUGCUAGAAAGAGGAAUGUGGAGGAGGAGGAGGAGGAGGUAGAGGAUAUGAAUACCUCUAUAGAGAGUAAUGAUGGAGGACUAUUGUUCACGAAGGAGCUGCCAGAGGAUACCAACCCUUCAUUAUUGGUCCUAUCGGAGGACCAUUGGAGCUAUUUCGAACAGUAUCUACGGUUGGAUACGAUUGAUGUACUUCCUAAAGGGGAUAUGAAGAGGAAGAGAGCUCUACUAGCCCGAUGUCUUAUGGACUUACAUACUAGAGCUAAGCUGGAUAUACAAAAGGUUGGAGGGUGUAGUGAGGCACUAUUGAUGCUUAUUGAGGAGGAGUCUUCACUUGAUGAGGACCCUCACCAGGAAGAGGAGGAGGAGGACAUCACCACAUACUAUGAUGAAGAGCAUCAAGUACUUGCUAAGUAUAGAGAGGUCCUUGAUCUGGCGGCUCAACGUAUGCACAUACUCCUAUGUACGAUGAAGGCUUUGAUGUGGGAGAAGGGUCUGAGGCGAUACCAACGGGGUAACACAAGGAAUGUCAUGGUCUCAUCAUUCGAAGAGGAUACGGCUCAAUGGUUCGACUCGGAGUUGGAAGUCGCCAAGCUAUCUGCCCAGGAGUAUUCUCAUCUUUGUGUGGAUCAUAUACGUGAAUUACUCUCAUCAGUCGACACCUACCAGAAUGAUGCUUCUACUACUAACCUCUUAGCUGAGGUUGAGUCGGCAGUCGAGGCCUAUAGGCAUCGUCUAACAGCCUUAUCAGAGUUCCUUACCUACUCAGAGGCUCCAGUGGGAUCAGAAGGUCUCCCUGUAUUGUGGCUCCUUCAUGAGCUUGAACAACUCCGUCAUGACGACAUCCUCCAAACCCCCUCUGUUGUGUUCUUUCAUCACCAUCACCAUCAUAACCUCAGAUUGGUUGUCCCUACUGGUGGUGGUCUUGGUCAACCUCUAACCCAUGUUGAUAUCGAUGAAAUAGACAGGAUACAGCAGGAAGAGAUCAAUGCUGGGCAUUAUAGUGGAGGCCUCCUUCUUACAUCAAAACAACGGCAGACUAUGAACGCCUCGAGACCCUGGGAACAGGUUGUGACCGAUGAACAGGGCAGAAGACGUUUCCAUGGUGCAUUUACUGGAGGCUUUAGUGCUGGAUACUUCAAUACAGUGGGGACGGAGGAAGGUUGGACACCUUCAACCUUCGUGAGCAGUAGACGUAGUAAGAAGGACCGUACUGGUAGGGAAGAGGAAGAGGAGGAGGAGAAGCAUGAUGGUAGCAGUAGUAGUACGAAGCAAGAACGGCAUCAGAGGAUAUCGGACUUCAUGGACGAGGAGGAUUACAAUGACGGUAUUGGUGGCAAUGUUAUUGGUAGUACUACUGUGACGACCACUCAUCAUGGAGGGGAGUCUUCUUCUACUACGAGACUAUUUAAUGACAACUCUCCAGUAGAAGUCAGAGAGCGGAUUGGUCUUGCUAUCAUGAGGAGUCAGGGUUGGAGGGAGGGUAUGCUAGUUGGGGAAAUAUCUCGACUAUUCACUCGCCGUCCCUCGGUUAUUGAUAAGGAGGCUAAUGAGGGUAGUAGGAAGCGAAAGGUAUACACUGUAUGCUCCCUACCUCCUCAUUUACGAUCUAGUCUUGAUGAUGAUGAGGAGGAGAGAGAUGAGAAGGAGGAGGAAGCAGAGCAUCGCAACAUACAGGCACUGUAUAGAUGUGUCGAUAGGAGUGUACACAAUCAUAAGAACGAUAUGCACGGUGUCGGGUAUAGUGGAGAACUGAAGGUUAGUGGGGUAUCCACUGGAGCUAAUGAGCUCCUAUCAUCGAUAUUCGGUCCUUCCAAUAUAGUAGUAGCAGUCGACAGCAGCAAGGACGAGGAGAACGUGAUAAGCGAUCUACUCAAGCUGUUAUCAAUCUCAUUGAUGAUGAGGAUCAUAAAGGAUCGAGGGGGCUGCCUCAGCGAUGUACAAAAAGAGUUGAGAGUGGUAGAGGAGGAAGGGGAUACAUGCUCUACCUCUGAGGAUGUUAUACUCUCACUAUCCAACAUCAUUCCUAAACCCCCACGAGUACCUAGAGGAUUCAAUAAGCAUCUUCAUGUACAGGUAUCCGGCCCUAGCAGUGAUGGAGAUGUAUUAAGGGAUACCUCUCCAGAAUAUCAACGUCUAGUUGAGUGGUUGGAUAGUAAUCCAACCGUGCGAGAGGGAGCUAUUACUAUGACCGAGAGAACGAGCAUCAUAUCUGCUGAACCUAUCACUCGAGCCCCCGAUCAUCCCACGAAGACUAGCCAUACCUCGGAGGCUAAUACCAAGCAGAAGGAAGGAGAGUCAAGGGAGGGUAAAGCACUAUGGGCAGGUGUUAAUGACGACGUACGGCGGGAGGCCUUACUUGCAGCAGUGGGUGGUCGGACUAUCAGUAUGCAUAAGGCAUCAUCAUCAUCCUCAUCAUCUCAUGACACAUCACGUCCUUCGUUGGAGGCUCUUAAUAGGGAUCCUGAUAAACGUAGACGGUAUGAGGUGUUCUGUGCCCAAAUGGCGAGCGGUGCUCCAACAUUAUCAGCCAACAAUAAAGUUGACUUUAAUGAACUCAAAGAGUUUACCAAGCUAUAUGAGUACAGUCGUGAAGAAGGUUCAACUCUCGAUGUUACCAAUACUCAAGGAAAGGAUAGUAAAUCGACGAGAAGGAAAGCCUCUCCAGAGGAGAUUGCCGAGGCUCUGAGGAAACUCCAACCAUCUCGGCGUCGAAAAUUCCGUGAAACCAGAAGCCAAUUAAAGCGCAUAGCCCCUCCGAGCUCCAACGAUGAUAGUGAUAAUGAAAUAGGUGACGUUUAA